UCCCCACAAAUUUGACCAAGCAUGAGAAUGUUCACAAACUUGGCCACAUCUUAUCCACACAUUCCCCUCUUUCAAAGCAGCAUUGAGUCACCAUCUUCUUCCUUCUCCCCCUCCAGUCCACACAAAACCCUCAUCACAAUCUAAACAAUCACAAAGAAAAAAUGUCAGUUGCUUCAUCACCUUCAUUUCCAUGUAUCAAACUCCGCACCCCAUCAUCAUCAUCUUCUUCUUCUUCACCAGCUGCCUUGAGAUUUACCGUAAGGAGCUCUCAAGCUGACGGCCCUUUAAGAAGACCCACCGCUCCCACGCCGGUGAAGCCGUCGCCGCCGUCACCGCCGGCCGCUCCCACGGCGGCGACUGUGGCGGUGCAAGACAAGAAUGUGAUAACCUUGGAAUUCCAGAGGCAGAAGGCUAAGGAGUUGCAGGAAUACUUCAAGCAGAAGAAGCUUGAGAAAACCGAUCAAGGUCCCUUUUUUGGCUUCAUUGCCAAGAACGAAAUCUCCAAUGGCAGAUGGGCAAUGUUUGGUUUUGCUGUGGGAAUGCUAACAGAGUAUGCGACGGGCUCAGACUUUGUGGACCAACUCAAAAUCCUCUUCUCCAAUUUCGGAAUUCUUGAUCUUGAUUGAUUUUUCAUCUUCUCUAUUCUCUUUGUAACGCCUUCUCUUCUUUUCUGUGGUUUUGAAUCAUUUGUAUCAAUGACACACAUUUUUCACAUACAUAAUUAAACUCACCUCAUCCAUAUGUAUAUUUUGGAAUA